AGAUCCUGGCGUGUGUGUUUGUGUUUGAGAUGCAGAAGGGCUUCUGUUGGGUGAUUCAGCUCUUCAGCCUGGUUUGUACAGUCAAAGGAUACUAUGACCCAAAAGCAGUGAGUGACAAGACCUGCAGCCUCCCAGUAGAGGAGGCCGGGAUCAUCUGGGACAGUAUCUGUUUUCUCUGCCUGCUGCUGCAGAGGAGGGUCUUCCUCAGUUUCUACUUCCUGCAUGUGGUGGCAGAGCUGCAGGCUUCUGCCAAACAGGCCUCUAGGGGGUUCGAGCUCUUCAAAGCCAGUAUUGUGAAGAACAUCAAGUUCCACCAACAAGCUGAGAAGAAAUCUCUGUCACAGCUCAAGAGAUCGAUGCAGAGAAUUCGCUCCAAGCAGCAGAAGUGCAGAGAUGGACACAAAACAAGUGGAGAUUCCAACGAGAGUCAGACUGUCGAGACCCAGACAGACAAGAAAAAGUCGAGGAAGAAAAAGUGGCACCAGCCGUGGUUGGACCAUGCUACAGUGCUCCACUCAGGAGAGUACUACCUGUUUGAAUCAGACAGUGAGGAUGAAGAGGAGCUACAGUCUGAAGAACAGAAGCCUCAGAAACAGACUGCCUGUCAGUUGAGCAGGCCUCCGUGA